CAACACGGAACAAAAUCGAAGCACUUUCUGUGAAGUUGAUAGUGAAUAUAGCACUUCCUGUGAAAUUGAUAAAGUAAUUUCCUAUAAAAAUAAUCAACUGAGAACACGUUAUAAAUUAAAAAAUAUUAUAAAAUGUGGUUCCUCAAUAAAAUAUGUACGAGUAAAGUACGUCUUGAGGGCAAAACUGUUGUGAUAACGGGAGCAAAUAGUGGUAUCGGCAAAGAGACUGCUAGAGAUUUAUACGCGAGAGAUUCUCUGGAUCUAUGUAGCUUGAAGAGCGUAAGGGAUUGCGCAAAAAAUUUGCUGACGAACGAAGCAGCUAUUCACAUACUAAUAAAUAAUGCGGGUAUAGCUGCUUAUCCGUCAUACGAGAAAACACAGGACGGAAAUGAAAUAACAUUACAAGUCAACCAUCUUGGUCAUUUUCUUUUAACACUUCUGCUGUUGCCAAAGAUGCAGAAGUCAUCUCCCAACUGCAGAAUAGUCAAUGUCUCGUCACUUGCACAUUUUAUGACUGAUAUAGAUUUCGAUGAUAUUAAUUUGGAAAGAUCUUACGGGCCGAUCAGAAGUUAUGCACAAUCCAAAUUGGCGAACAUUUUGUUCACCAAGGAACUCGCUCGUAAAUUGAAAGAGGCAGAUAUUCAUGGGAUAAACACAUAUUCUUUACAUCCUGGUAUGAUUCCGACCAGACUAUUCCGGUAUGGUGAUAGGGCAUUAUUUCCAGGUUUUACUUUCUGUUGUAAUAUGUUUACGCAUUUGUUUUAUAAAAAUGCUGAACAAGGAGCGCAAACAACAAUAUAUUGUUCCGUAGAUGAAAAGAUAGCCAAUGAGACCGGACUUUAUUAUUCGAAUUGCGGUGUUACCACUCCAUAUCGGAAGGCAAACAAACAUCAAUACCCGAAAAAAUUGUGGAAUGUAUCCUGUCUUCUUUUACAUCUGGAUCCAGAAAAAGAUUUUACUACAAUUUUAGAAACCGUUUCGCGUCAAAUGAAUUGAAAAAGUCAUUUAUUCUCAAGAGAAUCGUUAAGAAAAUUUAUAAUAAAUAGUGUUUAUA